AUGGUGAGCACAGACGUUGUCCGUAACGUUGUUGGGAUAAUCGGGAAUGUGAUAUCAUUCGGACUGUUUCUUUCACCGUUACCCACUUUCAUAAAAAUAUGGAGAAAGAAUGCAGUAGAGCAGUUCUCACCAAUCCCGUAUGUUGCGACUCUGCUCAACUGCAUGCUCUGGGUCUUCUAUGGCUUACCCAUUGUCCACCCCAAUUCAAUGCUCGUGGUUACCAUAAAUGGCAUUGGUAUUGUGCUUGAGGGAGCUUAUCUUACGGUCUUCUUCAUUUACGCCCCUAAGGAUCUGAGGUUGAAGGUUUUGAAGAUCUUAAUGGGGGAAUUGGCUUUCAUGGCGGUGGUUGUGUCUGUUGUGCUCACGGUGGGUCAUAGUCACGAGAAGAGGUCGAUGAUUGUCGGCAUCCUCUGUGUCAUCUUCGGCACUUGCAUGUAUGCCUCCCCUCUUACCGUUAUGAAAAUGGUGGUCGUGACAAAAAGCGUGAAGUACAUGCCGUUCUGGCUUUCCUUAGUUAGCUUUCUGAAUGGCGUAUGCUGGACCGCCUAUGCACUUUUGAAGUUCGACAUUUUCAUUACGCUACCGAACGGGCUCGGAGCGCUGCUCGGAUUCCUCCAGCUAGUGUUGUACGGAUGUUAUUGUCGAAGUACCCCGGUCGUUGAGCAACAGAAUGAGGAGAGGAAGAAAAGACAGGAGGUUGAAAUGGCCUGAAGGGAAGACUAAUGGCUUCGAUCUCCCAAAGGAAAAGGAGGUCCAAGAGUUGCAUUUUUUUUUCUCUUUGAUGCUGGGUGGUGGAUAAUGCACUAGCUAGCUUCUCCCUUGUUUUUGUAAUAUCCACUUUUAAGAUGGA